UUGACUUUCCAUCAAAAGACAGCGUCACAGAAGUUCAAAUACAUAUAAUAAAGUUGUUCCGCAACUCACGGUGGUUGCACAUAUAGUUGGCACCAUCUUAAAGGUGAGCAAUUAAUUAACUUAAGGCACAUUAUGAGCUCAGCUAAGCCCCCUACGUGGACAAGGCGUGUUUUUGCGGCCUUAGCGAGGUCGGCAGUGGUACGAUCCAUACCUGUGGUUGCGCUGACAGGUGCGGUCACCACGGCAUAUGUCCUGCGCCCGAGAAUCGAGCCAGUGUUUAAGGAAAGGAAUAUCCCGCCACCCGGAUAUGAAGUACCACAACACCCUGAUUUUAAUAGAGGUCCAAGGGAGCCUUUUUUGAUGGCGCUGGCUCGUAUUUUGGUGCUUGCUCCUACAUGCUCGUUGUUCCGGAUAUACGCCAAGUACUUCAACGACUUCAUUGUUGACGGUGAUCUGGAUAAAUAUUUGGACAAUCGAAAACCUGGCCAAGGCCUCAUCACGUGUAGUAACCACUUGGCGACAGUAGACGAGCCAUUACUUUUCAGCUCCUUACAAAAGUUCACUAACGUCAUCAAUCCAUAUAAAAUGCGCUGGGGUCUGUGUGCACAGGAAAUUUGUUUUGAGCAAGGGGCAUUUCUAGCGACAUACUUUGGGGCCGGGAAGAGCUUGCCUAUUGUCCGAGGUAAUGGCGUGAUGGCGCCGAAUUUCAAGAAGGCCUGUGAUAAGGUUAGAUUUGGCGAGUGGGUGCACAUAUUCCCAGAGGGUCGAGUUCAUCAAUCAGGUAAGCUUGGCUCCGAUUUGAAAUGGGGCGUGGGCCGACUAGUGGCAAACAGUGAUCCAGAUGCACCGCCGCCGCUGGUUGUCCCCGUGUAUCAAUACGGUAUCCAGAACACCAUCAAGCUCAACAAAGUAACCAACCAAAUAGAGAGCUACAUGCCGGCGACUGGUUUGAAGUUUGUUGUUAAAAUUGGAGAUCCUAUACCAAUUGACGACAUACUAGCGAAAUAUAGAAAACAGAAGGCGGAAGAGGGGGGAAAUAUGCAGGAGCUGACUGAUGCGGAUCGCUGGUUCUACAAGGAAGUUGUAGAUAGAGUUGGGGCGCGCCUGCUCGAAAUGGAGGAUGAGGUGAAGUCAGAGUAUGGUCAUCUUUUUCCCGAGCUGACGAACUCGCAAAUGAAAGCCCCAGAAGUUGCGACGAGCGAGAGUUCAGUAAUCUCGACUGCAACAUAGCAAAUAGUUAAAAUGACUUCGCUGUAUUAUGUGAAAAUUAGUAAAGCAAUCUAAUGUGCAUACAAGAUGAGAGAGCCAUUUGAAUAGGUCACCAAUGCACAACAUUUCAAGCGAAUCAUCAAUUAUUUAAGCUACCAACGGCAUUGCGAUAGUGAAUGAGUAUCGUCACUUCAAAAACAUGAUUCUGUACACUACUUACAAAUAUGAACGAACAAUUCACAGCUUGGUGAGUUAUACAAGAUUUUAAAUACAUACAUCCGUAU